UAUCAGCAGCUCUGUCCGUACGAAUGACGUCGGUGGAAGGUUAAUCAGCUGAUUCUGAGCGAUCAAAUGAACCAAAAUAAUACAGUUUAAUCUGUCAAAAGACGUCCAACUCCGCCUGACAGCCGAGGACAUUCUGGUCAGACAUUGUUGACAUGCUUUAUUGGGACCGACAUCAUGGACAAAAUUUUGGAGGGUCUCGUGAGCUCCGAUCACUCAGUUCCCGUGAAGAAAGCCAUCGUGAAGAAGGUAGUGGAAGCAGCAGAGAAGGAGGUGACGGAGGAGCAGUGUCAGGCGCUUUUUACCCUCACCACCCGCCUCAUCUUGGUUGGUGAAGAUGCCUUCCAGAAGCAGAUCGGCUUCCAGGUUCUGGAGGCCUAUGCGCGCUACCACCGCCCAGAGUUUGAACGUUUCUUCAACAAAGACUUUGUCCUCAGCCUGCUGCAGCAGGGCUAUGGGCAGCUGGACCGCAAAGACCCGGCCGUAAUAGACUACAUUCACUGCUGCCUGCGGCUGCUCAUCAGCUGCCCCUCAGUGCUGGAGAUCUUCGGUGUGAUCCAGGUGGAGGUUCUAAGGAUGGUGUGCGAACGUCCUGAGCCUGUUCUCUGUGCCCGUCUGAGCACGCUGCUGUCAGACUUCUUGCAGUGUAUCCCCAGGGAUAAGUCGGGCGUUUUGUUCUGCCAGCAGCUGGUGAGGACCAUCAGCUAUUUUCACUGCUUUGCCAACCAGGAGCGGGAGCUGAGAGAGUACGUAGGUCAGGUGACAAAGGUUAGCACGCUGCUGCAGAACAUCUGGAAAAGUGAACCAGCCACACUGCUGCCCUCACUGCAAGAGGUUUUCGCCAUUAUCUCUUCCACAGACCCCUCCUUCGACCCUUCCAUCGCGCUGGCCAGCCUCGUCCAGCAUAUCCCCGUCCAGAUGAUCACAGUGCUCAUCAAGAGUCUCACCACGGACCAGAACGUCAGAGACGCCAGCAUGACGAAAGCACUGUGCAGGAUGAUUGACUGGCUCUCCUGGCCUUUAGCCCAUCACGUUGAUACCUGGGUCAUCGCUCUGCUGAAAGGACUGGCAGCAGUUCAGAAGUUCACCAUCCUCAUAGAUGUCACUCUGUUGAAAAUUGAACUGGUCUUCAGUCGUCUGUGGUAUCCCAUUGUGCGGCAGGGAGCGCUAGCCGUUCUCUCCCAUAUGCUGCUGAGUUUCCAGCACUCUCCUGAGGCCUUCCAUUUGGUUGUUCCACAUGUAGUGCAUCUGGUCCAGUCCUUAAGGACAGAUGGUCUCCUCACCAGUAAAGCUUUCUUACUGCAGUUCACUGAGCUCAUACACUGCAUGAUGUACCAGUACUCUGGCUUCCCUGACCUCUAUGACCACAUACUGGAGGCCGUCAAGGAUCUCCCAAAACCUGCAGAAGAGAAAAUCAAGCUGGUGUUGAAUCAAAGUGCCUGGACGUCUCAGUCCAACUCCUUUGCCUCCGGUCUGCAGAGGCAAGCUGGGAAAUCUGAGACGGGCAAGACCGGCCUGGUCAACCUUGGCAACACCUGCUACAUGAACAGCAUCAUCCAGACGCUCUUCAUGGCCACUGAUUUCAGGAGACAUGUUUUGUCAUUAAAUCUAAAUGGAUCCAACACCCUCAUGAAGAAACUUCAGCUCCUCUUUGCUUUUCUUGCACACACUCAGAGGGCAGCAUACGCUCCCAGAAACUUCUUGGAAGCAUCUCGGCCUCCCUGGUUUAAUAUGGGUUCUCAGCAGGACUGUUCUGAGUACCUCAGGUUUCUUCUCGACAGGUUACACGAAGAGGAGAAAACCCUUCAGGUCCUGGAAUCGGCUAAGCCAAACGUUUCCUCCCUGGUUGACAGCAGCAGCAGCAAUGACACAACAGGUGCAGCGUCUGCAGAGGAACAGGAAGAGUCACAUCUGACUGCAGCAGAACCCAAAGCUGACGGCAGGACUUUGAUAGAAAGGACGUUUGGUGGGAAACUGAUCACAGGCAUUCGCUGUAUGCAGUGUAACUGCAUCUCUGAGAAAGAAGAGCCUUUUACAGACCUCUCUUUGGCCUUUUGUCCAUCUGCCAUCCCUCAGGAAAGCCCUCAGACCCAGGGGCCCUCCGAGGAACCCAAAGUUCUCUGUCAGGGAUCUGUCAAUGGCGGCAGCGAACUUCCGGAGCCAGGCUCGGCCAAAGCUCCGGCUAGCAGCGUCAGUUUUGUGCCAGUGACAAAUGAGCCUCCUCUUUCUGUGCCUGACCUGGUGAACUAUUUUCUGGCUCCAGAGAUCCUUGAUGAAGACAACGCCUAUUUCUGCGAGAAGUGUAGCUCCCUCCAGCGCGCAGAGAAGACCAUGAAAGUGGUGUCAGCGCCCGAGUACCUGAUCCUCACCCUGCUGCGAUUCGCGUACGAUGCCAAAUGCCAUAUCCGCAGGAAGAUUCUGGACAACGUCACCAUCCCGCCUCUCAUGAGACUUCCUGUACAUGCCUCUACAUCGCCUGCACAGUGCUCCUCUUCUACCUCUUCUCCCCUGCAAGUGGAUUCCCCCGACAGCAGCGAGAAUCUGGCCAAGAAGCUCAAACCAUCGCAAAGAGACGAGGAGGAAGAGGAGAAGGCGAGGAUAGAUGGAGUGGAGGAGAUAAGCAGGCUGGGAGAGAUGCCAGUCCAGUCAGUGCCCUACGUCCUCAGCUCAGUGGUCAUGCAUUCCGGUGUGUCAUCUGAGAGCGGCCACUACUACUCUUAUGGUCGUAACAUCAACGGAGCAGAUGGAACGCAGCAUCCAGCCAAUCACUUCGCCAUCAAGGAGGAGACGGGGAGCGGCCAGGCCGAGUGUAGCCUCUCCACCUGCUCGGCUCUCUCAGUUCCACCUGAACACAGCGACAAACUACCAAACAGUGGGCAGGAGGCGAAGGAUUGGCUGCUGUUCAAUGACAGCAGAGUGACAUUCACAUCUUUCCAAUCAGUGCAGAACAUUACGAAUCGCUUCCCCAAGGACACAGCUUAUGUGCUGAUGUACAGGAAGCAGGAGCAACCUGGGCAGAACUUAAAUGGGGGGCUAAUGGCAAAUGGAGUGAGACUGAGUGCUGAGCCUCCCCUGCAAAAAGAACUACUGGAUGCUAUUAUCAAAGACAACAAGCUGUAUUUACAGGAGCAGGAGCUGAACGCUCGGACCCAGGCUCUUCAGGCUCCUUCGUCCUCCUGCUCCUUCAGGCCCAACGGUUCAGAUGACAACAACCCACCGGGGAGCUGUGGCCCAUCUGGUGGAGGAGGAGGGGGCGGCGGCUUCAACACCAUUAGCAGACUGGUUUUCUGAAGAAGAACUGAAGUGCUGCAGGAAACCAGGACAAACUGGCUCAGAGGGAGUCCUGGACAGGAACCUGAACUGUCACAUUGUGUACAGAAUAUAAUUUCCUGGAAAGAGCACUGACAUGAUCUAAGGACACGCAGAGUAUCGCCACUGGCUCUUCUCCUCCAUUUCAUUUUCUUUUGUCUUUAAGUUUGGACUGCGAUAGGUUUUGCAAGUCAUCCUGUGGUGUUUUCUUUAUUUAUUUUGAUCCUUUUUGUCAUCUCUGCAUUGUAAUCUUUCAGUAAUCCUCUAAAUUUCCAAACCUGAGCUGGUUAAUGUUCAUUGAUUCAAUUCUAUUCUCUGAGAAAUAUGGCAAAUUAUUAUUUCAGAAAUAAUCUUCUAAUAAACUUUUACAGUGAUGAAUUUGUCAAA